UUGGGCCAUAAGAUAGGAAAGAUAGAGUCACUUGCUGGAAGUUCUAUAUAAGGGGGGGUUUCAUAACCUUUAACUGUAUCAAGAAAACAAAGAUAGUUAAUUCAGUUGUAUAUCUGUUUGUGCUGUUGAUCUUUUGAGCAAUAUGGCAUCUCAGGCAGACCUUAUUAAGAUUGGAAUGGAGGGCUUUGCUUUGUUAGAUGAAUUCCAUGGCCGGUCAAGGAGGCCCAGUAUUCAUCACCGAAGUCAAGUUCCAAAGAAACAGCCAGAGAUGAUGAUUGUUUGCAAAAUGCCAGCUCCAGAGAUCAAUGGUGGGACACUGGUUACGGAUUUCACUAACGAAAAGUUUGAAUUAGCUAGAUUCCAACCUGACGGCAGAAGCCCUGCCAAAAUUUUGUGUGAUUCAAAACCCGAUUCCGACCUGACUAUGGAAGCUUUGCCAAAAAUCUUGUUGUUCCAAGCUUGAAAUCCAAUCAUACUGUGGAAGUGUUGUUGAAAUGCUACUAAGAAGCUGAGCUGCAAUCAAUCAUCAUCUAGAGUUUUGCCAAGCUAAUUAUCCAAGUUUAAUCCUAAAUUUUGUCAAUAAAUGAUUAAUUUUUGAAUACUUGCUCAUGUAAAACUCUAAAAAUUUCCAGGAAAUAAACAAAACUAUAAAUUUCAUAAAAC